AACAAGCUGGAAAUGAGAUGGAACAUGUGGGCAUGUAUGGUAUUGGUGGUGGUUGGAGUGGUGGGACUGAGAAUGGCCGCCGCGAAGAGAACGAGCUCGAUGCCUUCCGCAUACAUGACGACGGGCACAAACGAUGCCAACCAACAGAGUGCAGAAGCAUCAACGCAACGUAGGAUCCAAGAGCAACAUCCAGCGUCAUUAUCGGCGACUGCGCGAGUGGUUGAAGGCAGGCCAGCCGAGUCCGGUGCCUAUCCACCGCUGGCAGUGCUUCUCAGAUCUGGUGCUGUCCGUUGUGUGGCCUCCAUCAUCUCGCCGCAAGUCCUCCUCACCGCCGCGCACUGCACCAUCGGUUCGUCGCCAAGCGAUUGGACGGCCAGAGUUGGCUCUAAUCUGCCAUUUGAAGGUGGCACGACUCACUCGGUUGCUCGUAUUGUGGUCCAUGAUGGAUACAACUCGCAGACGUUUGCCAACGAUGUCUCGCUCCUCAUCCUCUCCGCGCCCGUCGUCUACUCGCCCACUGUUGCCCCGCUCAUUCUGGCCUCGGCGGAGAUUGCAGCUGGCACAAAUGUGACCGUCGCCGGGUGGGGCUUACAGGCAACAUCCGAUACCCAGGCAGCUCCAUCGCUGAUCGAGGCAGUCAUGAGCUCCGCGCCCAUGUCCGAGUGCGAGGCAAAGGGCUCGUCCAACACCGGCUCUGUUGUCUGCGCUCUGCCCAUCGCCGGCAGCGAUACCUGCCAAGGCGAUUCAGGUGGGCCGAUGCUGACCGGCUCGUCAGCCAUCCGAUUCUAUGUCUCGGGCGGGGUGCUCUCGUUCGGCGGCACGAGCUGCGGCACGUUCUCAGUCUUUGCUUCCAUCCCGAGCUACCGCCCAUGGAUCGAGGCCAGCAUUCCAGCUGACCAGCGGACGCUGCUGGUCUCCGGAAACCCCAACGCGGUCACUUUAGUCGUCCACACCGAUUCUCUGCCCGCGACCGUCUUUGAGCUUGCCGAGCUCCGGGGCAACAUUGUCGUCAACAGCUCACGCUCGCUACUGGGCCAGUUCUCGCGCCUCUCCUCGGGCGCCUCGCUAUCUAUCGAGGCGCCGUUCUCGGUCACUCGCACCCUCGCCCUCGACAACAACUCGACCCUCGUCACUCGUACCGGCACUGCUUCCAUCGGCACCGUCAUCUUUGCUCCGACUUCUGUCUACCGCAUGGAGCUCACCUCGGGCUCACCCACCUAUCUGCAAGUCGGCUCGGUCGCCGGCCUCGGCGGAACGCUGGAGAUUGUCGCCACAGGCUCGUACCGUCCGGUCCCAGGCCUUGCCUUUCGCGCGCUCAGCUACCGUGUCAAGACAGGCGCCUUUAGCAACGUCAUCUACCGUGAUCUCUCGUCGCCCGCGCCUCCGCCGAUGGGCCCGGCACCGCCGCCGGCGCCGCCGACCAACGCCUCCCGCGCCGCCCGCCGGUCACUAGCGCAGUCAUCGGCCGGAACCGUCCAGUCAGCUUCGCUCGUCUGUGGCGCCUCCGAGUGCGUGGUCACCCUCCUUGACUCGACGCCGGCCUCAAACACCGGCCUCGAGUCCGAGAUCAUCAUCGGGGUCGUCGUUGUCGCCGGCCUGGCCCUCCUCGCCAUCGGCGCCAUCUUUUGCUACUGCUUCUGCUUCAAGACCAAGACCAAGACCGGCCCCAACGCUCUGCAGCGUCGCCAAACUACCCAGCCGCAGUACGCUGCGGGUAAGACUCGCAGCCACGACUCGUCAUCGUCCGGCUGCGAGUACGGCAUCAUCAGCAAGGCAUCAGCCAAGAAAAGCAGGCCCAGCCGUCCCGAUCCCAUGUCGUGGUCGUCAACCCAGUCGGGCCCAGGCUCGGCCUCGGCCUCGGCCUCGGCCUCGGCGUCGUACUCUGCAUCGUCCUAUUCGUGAUGCAUGCACCGCGCCGCCCACAGGCCACCCACGGGGUGCCUUUGCCUUAGACCGGCUAACGAAAGCCAUCCUCUCUACCAUUUGCUCGCCCAUCUCUCAUAACCUGUAAAUCGUUGCGAGCUUGACCAGUCCGCC